AUGUCAGACUUGCAGUUGACGAUAUUGAAAGUUUUGAACUCCAAGGGCGCCAUCGCGGACACUUUGGCCGAGUUCCCAGAUGUUAGCUACCAGGUUGUCCAGGCAGCUGUGACUUCGCUGGCGGCCAAGUCCAUGGUGGUCUUCAAGAUCUCUGAGAAAGAGAGCUUCGGGCUGACUAAAGAAGGUGAAGACAUUGUUACCAACGGAUCCCAUGAAUACAGGCUUUUAAACAAAGUGAUUGAGUCGUUGGAGGGGUUGAAGAUCUCUGAGGUGGGAUCCAUUUUUGGGAAAGACGGCAAGGUUGGUCAGGCCAGAGCUUUCAAGAAUGGCUGGAUUUCUAAAUCUGGCGACACUCUUGUUACCAAGACUGAUGCGGACCAUUUGCCUGAAGAUACCACUGCUGUUCAACUGAAGGAGAUCAAGUCUACUGGAACCCUAUCCACCAAUCCUAAGGAUCUCGCAGAACUGAAGAAGAGAAAACUCAUUACGUCCACCAAGGUGAUCUCCUUCAAAAUUGAAAAGGGUCCUGAGUUUGCACUGGAAAUCGUCCAAUUGGAUACCGAUAUUACCAGCGACAUGUUGCAGAACGGUAGUUGGAAGACUGCCAAGUUCAAGCCAUACAAUUUCAACAGUGAAGGUGUUUAUCCAGAGAGCGGUGCUUUGCAUCCCUUGAACAAGGUGAGAGAAGAAUUCAGACAGAUUUUCUUCUCUAUGGGAUUCACAGAGAUGCCUGCUAACCAGUAUGUGGAGUCUGGAUUCUGGAACUUCGACACCUUGUUUGUUCCUCAGCAGCAUCCAGCCAGAGACUUGCAGGACACCUUCUACCUGAAGGACCCUGCAGUGGCCAAAAAGCCAGAAGACGAUGCUUACUGGAAGAACGUCCAACAGGUGCACCAAGAUGGUGCAUAUGGCUCCAUUGGAUACAGAUACCCAUGGAAGGCCGAAGAGUCGUUGAAGACGGUGCUGAGAACGCAUACGACCGCAAUCUCUGCAAGAAUGCUUCAUGAGUUGGCGAAGAACCCAGGUCCAGCAAGACUGUUCUCGAUUGACCGUGUCUUUAGAAACGAGGCGGUUGAUGCUACGCAUCUCGCUGAGUUCCACCAGAUCGAGGGUGUUAUGGCUGAUUACAACAUCACGCUGGGAAACCUGAUUGGAUUCAUGCAAUCUUUCUUUGAGAAUAUGGGAGUCACUGAUCUACGUUUCAAGCCCGCUUACAACCCAUACACAGAGCCUUCGAUGGAGAUUUUUGCAUGGCAUAACGGCCUAGGCAAAUGGGUCGAGAUCGGAAACUCUGGUAUGUUCAGACCCGAAAUGCUCGAGGCCAUGGGCCUACCAAAGGAUCUGAGAGUGCUAGGAUGGGGUUUGUCACUGGAAAGGCCAACCAUGAUCAAGUACAAGGUGAGUAACAUCCGUGAGCUUCUGGGUCAUAAAGUGUCUCUGGACUUCAUUGAGGCCAAUCCAGCAGCCAGGUUAGAUGAGGCUCUUGUAUAG